GCUUUCAGUUAAAUUUUUGAGCUGGUCGCGUGCAGACGUCACGCUUUCGCUAGAAAUUAUUAUCACAUAUAUUACAUGCACACACACACACACACACACACGCACGCAGAAGCACACACACUCACAGAGAGACGGACGCUAGCACAGGCAGUAAUAAGAAUUCAGAAGUUUUCCUCAUACAGCAGUAGAGUCAUUUAGGUAAGCUCUUGCUCUAGCGCCUCAACCCUCCGACCACAACUCUUUGCUCUGGGGCACUGGUUUCUGGCAAUGGCAACAACAGCAACAUCAACAGCAACAGGAACAGCAGCAGCAGCGAGCGUUGCUCCCUAGCGGCAGCAUGCCAAAUUAUUUAUAAAACGCAGUCAGCCAGCAACUAGUAAAUAAGCCAGCCGACUUGAACGAGUGAAAGUGAAAGUGAAAGCGAAAGUGAAAAGACUAGCAUUAUUAUACGUAAACAGAAGGCAGUUAACAAGAAAUUGCGUAUACGCAGCGUUAGCCCUAGACGGAAACCGCACACACAAUAACAACAACAGCUACAGAAACCAACAAUCAGACAGACUACAUAACAUACAUACCGUAUACCUAGAUAUAUAUACAUAUAUACAGUUAUAUAUACAUAUAUAUACAUACAUAUAUACAUUACGCGCGCGUGUGUAAACGUUAAAAGCUUCACAGCUUUGGGUGCUGGCAAAAUGGUGCAAACAACUGCAGAUGGCGUCGACUAUAAGGAGCGGCUCAUUGCCAGCGUUAAGAAGGAGGUGAAGCAACUGAUGGAGGAGGCGGUCACCAGGAAGUAUGUGCACGAGGACAGCAGCUCGGUGACAUCGCUCUGUGCCGCUGUCGAGGCCUGCCUCAGCCAGGGACUGCGCCGUCGUGCCCUGGGCCUGUUCAAGACCUCAUCGACGACAGCGCUGUUGCACAAGAUAGCCAAGACCUGUGCCGAGGCGGAGCAUAUCAGCAAGCUGGUCCAGGAGAUCGAGGCCAGCGAUCCCAACAAGCGUUCUUCGUCGAGCAGCGACAGCUUCAAUCGGCCGCCAAUGCUCAAGAAGAGCAGCAGCAACUCCAUGUCGACCACCAAUGCAACCACAUCAACCGCAUCCGGCUCCACAUCCGCCUCGGUAACGGCAUCGGUGUCAGUCAGCGCCAGCACCUCGAGCAUGUCGUUGGUCACCAUGAAAUAUCUAUGGAUACGCUUGGCUUUGUAUGAGAAGCGUCUGACCAAGAUCAUCGAGUAUCUGGUGAGCAACGCGCAGAGCUAUUAUGAUCGCGAUUCGUUGGUGGCCGAUCCAGAUUAUGGUUCUAUACUCAGCUCCCUGCUGGUGGGUCCUUGCGCCUUGGACUUUACGCGUGCCAAAACUGCCGAUCACUAUUGGACCGAUCCGCAUGCCGAUGAGCUGGUGCAACGUCAUCGGAUCAGCUGUCGUCGCUCCUCUUCCACCUGUUCGCGGCCAGCGAUAAUAAACUUUAAACGUAGCUUGAACACCAGCUCGGAUGAUGCCAGCAGCUGUUCAUUUAAAUCGAUUGCUUCAGCCACGGUGGCCAAGGAUUAUGUGGAGUCACUGCAUCAGAAUGCGAAGGCCACGCUACUCUAUGGCAAGAACAAUGUGCAUGUGCUGCCCAAGGAUGUGUCCGAGCUGAUGCCCGGAUAUUUGAGUCUGCACCAGCACAUCCAAACGUUGACCAUCAAAUGGACACCAAAUCAGCUAAUGAACGGCUACAAUGACACCGACGACGAGGAAAUCGACAAGGAGGCCUACUGGGCACAUGCGCUCAACAUCAAUGUGGACGAGAUUGUCUAUGUGCACUGUCAUCAGAGUCGCGGCGAGGACAGCGGCGGCACAGUUAUACUGGUGGGUCAGGACGGCGUACAGCGUCCGCCCAUCCAUUUUCCGGAGGGCGGGCACAUGCAGCAGUUUCUCAGCUGCUUGGAAACGGGUCUGCUGCCGCAUGGCCAGCUCGAUCCGCCACUCUGGUCGCAGCGCGGCAUUGGCAAAAUGUUUCUUUGGCCGAAAAGCAUGCGCCGUCGCAUUCUGCCCUCGGUCAUGGAAUCGGUGGAUGAGACGCCCAUUGAUUAUGUCUUUCGCAUUGUCAGCAAGAGUCGGCACGAGGAGUUUGCUGCUACGCAUUCCAUUCUGGACUUUGUCCGCAGCACUCCAAGGCGUGCUCAACUGAGCAGCUGCUCCACUACGGGCAGCAGCGACUGCUCGAAUAAGAGCUUAUCCAUUGAUCAGUAUCCGAUGGAAUCCCCAUUGCUGCAGCAGCACAACCAAAACGCCAGCAUCGAAAUGGUCUGCUCCACGAUGCGUCGUCAGAUUAUCUCGCGCGCCUUCUACGGCUGGCUGGCCUACUGUCGGCAUUUGUCCACCGUACGGACACACCUGUCGGGUCUGGUGCACGGACGCAUAACACCAGAGAUGAAAGCCGACGAGGAGGGCCUGACCAAGGAGCGCUGGGAACUGCUCAAUGCGGACGGCAUGCUAAAUAACUCUACGGAGUUUUAUCGCCUGAUCUACUUUGGCGGAGUGCAGCCGGAACUGCGUAAGGAGGUGUGGCCGUAUCUGCUUGGCCACUAUGCAUUUGGCACAACACAGGCGGAGCGAACCAAGCAGGAUGAGACGUGCAAACACUACUAUGAGACCACAAUGAGCGAGUGGCUGGCCGUGGAUGCCAUUGUGCAGCAGCGGGAGAAGGAGAAGACGGCGCGGGCAGUGGCCAAGCUCAGCUCUGGCAGUAAUAGCGGCAACGAGCGUACGGUACGCGCCGCGGAUCUUGAUGCUGGCGGUGAGCUGGAGAACGAGGUGUUUGAAGACAUUUCGGAUAUAUCCGAUCCGGGUGAUCUUGAGUUUGAUGACGAGCAACGGCAGCAACUGCAGCAGGAGACGGCCGGCGCCAGUGUCACGCAUUUGAGCGUGAAGCCAAUACCCCGUGCCAUGAAAACCAGCACAGAUUCCGGUCAUGUCGACGAAGGCCUGGAUGACCUAGACGAAGAGGAAGAGGAAGAGGAGCAGCAGCAGCAGCAGCAGCAGCAGCUGCAAGAGAAAAUGAAAAACAAGCAAGAAGAGAAACAAGAAAUGACAACAAACAUGUCGGUAGCUGACAAGAAGAUCGCAGCCCAGUCGCUGGACAAGGAGGCACAAGCAAGCUGCUCAACUUCAACCACAUCCUCGUAUGAGACAGUGGGUGGCGUGCCGCAGCCAGGCGACACCCGCAGCGUACUCAGCCCAGAGUUUCUUAGCGCCGAUGAUCUGCAGGCCCAGCUGCCCGACGACGAGGAAGGCGCACAGCCACAGCAGGCAGCUGCUGUCAUCAUUACGAAUGCUUCUGUGGACAUUGCCAACUGGGAGCGCAGUCCCAAGGCUGGCGCCAAUAGUCAGAUGCCGCCGCUGAGCGAACAGUUUGAGAACGGCGCCAAUGCGCCCAACCUGGAUGCACUGCAGCAGCCAAAAUCUAGCUGCGCCUCACCAGCCAGCUCCAAUGGUGGUGUUUACAGCAGUGAGCUGCUGGAACAGUUUGGCCUAAAUCUGCAUCGGAUCGAGAAGGAUGUGCAGCGCUGCGAUCGAAAUUAUUGGUACUUUGCCAGCGAGAAUCUGGACAAGCUACGCAAUGUGAUAUCGACGUACGUGUGGGAGCACCUGGACGUGGGCUACAUGCAGGGCAUGUGCGAUCUGGUCGCUCCCUUGCUGGUCAUCUUCGAUGAUGAGUCGCUCAGCUACAGCUGCUUCUGCAAGCUCAUGGAGCGCAUGAUCGAGAACUUUCCCAGCGGUGGUGCCAUGGACAUGCAUUUCGCCAAUAUGCGCUCGCUCAUCCAAAUACUCGACUCAGAGAUGUACGACCUGAUGGACUCGAAUGGCGAUUACACCCACUUCUACUUCUGUUACCGCUGGUUCCUCUUGGAUUUCAAGCGUGAGCUUAUCUAUGACGAUGUCUUUUCCACCUGGGAGAUCAUCUGGGCAGCCAAACACAUUGCCUCCGGGCAUUUUGUGCUCUUCCUGGCGCUGGCGCUGCUCGAAACCUAUCGCGAUAUCAUCUUGUCCAACAGCAUGGACUUUACAGAUGUCAUCAAGUUCUUUAAUGAAAUGGCCGAGCGGCAUAAUGCCCAAGCGGUGCUCCAGCUGGCGCGAAGUCUGGUCCUGCAGCUUCAGAUGAUUAUUGAGAACAAGUAGAUCGAUUUAUAAUAAACAUUAAGUAGCAACAAUGCUUAUAUAGUA